AUGUGCCCCGGGCCGCGUGGAAAUCAAGAAUGGCGACUGGAAACGGUGCCUUUACCGGCAGGUAGAGAAUCCGACAACGCUAUCGGCAUAGGUAGUCCUGUACGAAUAAUGCUUGUCAAGACAAAUGACUGCCUUGACUCAGAAGAGCAAUCCGGAGGCCUUAUGCUGCGCCAAUGCUCCCCGGAACGAGCUGGUUGGCAAACCUGGUUGGUACAAGAACUACGCUUGGAGGAUUUUGAGAUGGCCAAGAAGAAGGCUAUGAUUAUAAGGAAAUAG